ACAACUGACAGACAGUCUGAGGCUCCCAGUCCCAGAUAUUCCAGUCACUUGUUCAUCCCAGAAACGCUCCUCGGGUUUUAACUUCAUGCAAAAAGUUGCUGCAAGAACUUGGAGGCGUGCAUGCGCAUGUGCGCGUGUUCGUGGGUCGGUGACUCCCUCGUAUAAAAGGUGUGAAAGCAGCAGUGCAGAGUUUGGAGAAGUUGUCUGGAGUUUUGGUUCUUGUGCAUGUUCCUGCCUCCAGAUCGGAGCAGCAUGAUGUUCCCCUGCAGCGCGCUGCCGCCGCCUCUCUGCCCGGGCUUCCUGCGCCCUCCCUCGGCUCUGCCCUCGCCGCUCACCCGCUCUCUGCCCUCCGGCUUCCUGGUGGAGGAUCUGCUCCGCCUGAGCCAGCCCGUCGGCUACAUCCACCGGGCUUUCGCUCCCGCCGGGUGUCCCGGCGGUGACAUCGGCCAGCUGAGCCCGGUCCCGGGCUCCUCUCCCCGGGCGUCGGGUCCCGGCGCGGAGCGGCCGCCGCUCCGGAGCUCCGCGCAGCCGCACCGGGGCGCCGGCUCCCCGCACUCCGCCUGCGCCGACUCCGGAUACCUCAAGUUCGGCGUCAGGGCGAUCCUGGCACCGUCAACAGGGAGCGUCCAGAGUCUUGAGAUGAAGUCCCUACCGCUGCCCUUCUUCAGUGGAAGCCUUCAUCCUCUCAUCAGCACCUCAUAUUUCACAGCCUCCAGCUCCUCGGUUGUUCCUGUCCCGGGAACAUUCUCGUGGCCGCUGGCCCCCCGGGGGAAGCCCCGGAGGGGAAUGCUGCGGCGGGCCGUCUUCUCAGACCUCCAACGCAAGGCCUUGGAGAAAACCUUCCAGAAGCAGAAGUACAUCAGUAAACCCGAUAGGAAGAAACUGGCCAGUAAGCUCGGACUGAAGGACUCGCAGGUGAAGAUCUGGUUUCAGAACCGCAGGAUGAAGUGGAGGAACUCCAAGGAGAGGGAGCUUCUGUCGGCAGGCGGCUGCCGCCAGCAGACCCUCCCCACAAAGACCAACCCCCACCCAGACCUCACGGACGUGGGCAGCACUUUCUGCCAUCAGCUGAGCAGGACAGCAGCCGACAGCCAGCAGUCACACCUGCAGCAGCAGCAGCAGGAUCAGCAGCAUCAGCAUCACAACCCCUCCUCUCCGUCAGAGUCCAGCAAACAGUCAGAGCUCUCAGAGUCCGACAGUGAAGAAAUCACAGUUUCAUAAGCGGUUCGUGUGGAAGGAUUCAUCCCAGCUGAUGGAAGUUACUCCAAAGUGCCUGCCUCCGCUCUGUACAUAAAUGUAUUUACUCGUGUUUCUGUACAGUCUUGUUUAUAUUGAGCUCUGUUUGUCUGCGUGCAGUCAGUAAUGUAUACUGGACUGUUCUAGAUUUAAUAUUUGUAGAUUGAAAUUUUUAAACUUAAAUAUACAAAAUGUU